CCACCUAUACAGAGUCUGAGCCUACAGUGCUGUGUUCUAAGACAGCCUGGAGAAGACUCAGUCCUGAGAGCCCCAGGCUGUGUUGUCUCUUUGAGGCUUGUGCCUGACAGGUGUGUUUCUGAAGGCGUGUGGAGCACUAGGGUCAGGAGUGAGAGGACAAAGUAAAGAAGGACUUGCAAACGGAUCCCCUUCAGAGCCACGUGGGCUCAGCACGGAGCAGGGUCGAGCCAUCUCGCUCAAGUCCCAUUGAUAACUGAUGGAUACAGACUGCCUUUACCUAGGUGCUGAUUCCGGCAAAAACAAGCCAGGAAACUUGCAUUUAAGGCUUAUGCUUUUCCUGUAAAAAAGGCACUGUCAGCUACUCUUUGGAGCCUUGUUUACUGUUUCUUGUGACGAGCUCUUAGAAGCUGGAAAACAGUAUUUCCUUCCCUGCGGCGUUUACCCUCCCAUUUGAGAAAUGCUAGUUUUUCUUUUGCCUCUGUGUUUCCAGUGCAGAGAACAAGCUGCUCCCUUUUGUUCACUUCUUUCAAUAAACCAGCUUCGCUGGUGAUGCCAGUGUAGCAUCCCACUACUCUGCUGCCUUGUCUACCCAGAUUGGGAAUUGGACAUUAGUCUCCUGCGUGGCCAGUAAGCCCCCAGUUUUAUCUUCGCAGUUCUCCCCGCUCCUGCUGGCCCAGGUGGGAUUUGGACUGGAGCCUCCAGCAGGCAUGGUCGUUUAAAUCAUUGUAGACAGGCCAGCGUCUAUGCCUUCUUUUUCAGAUCUUUUGUCUGAAUUUGGCUCCUGAUUGAAGUUGACGGAUAAUGGAAACAUUCCCCUGGCAAUGUCUCUGGGGCGACUCCUCCGCCGUGCCUCUUCAAAAGCCUCUGACCUCCUGACUUUAAAUUCCGGUGGUGGCAGUGGUUCGUCUUCAAUACUGGAUGGGGAGAUUAUCUACUCCAAGAACAAUGUAUGCGUCCACCCUGCUGAGGUGCUGCCAGGUGUCGGGGAACAUCACCCAGGCUAUUUAUGCUUGUACAUGGAGAAAGAUGAGCUACUUGGUACCACGCUUAUCCUUGCCUGGGUCCCAAACUCUCGUAUUCAGAGGCAGGAUGAAGAAGCUCUGCGCUAUAUCACCCCUGAGAGCUCCCCGGUCCGUAAAGCUCCCCGCAAGCGUGGCCGCCACACUCAGGGGUUUGGCACCAUCCAGCAGGCUUCCCCAACCAAUGAGAAACGAGCAGUAGUUCCGAAAGACGACGAGAUCUUGGCUGUGUCUCAGCUUGUCAGAGAUGUGGCUCACCUCGGCUCCCCUUCUGAAGAAGGGGAGAAGCUGUCUCAAUGUUGCCUGGCAACUGACGGUACCCACAACUCCACACAGCCUGCCCACAGUGACUCAGGAAUCUUAUCAACAAUCAGUUCUCAGGAGGAACAGAACCAAUCAGAGUUGUCAGUGGAGGGGACAGAGGAAGGGCUGGACUGCAGGCUCGAGCAGGGGGAGGAUGAGGGCUCCUUGGAGCUGUCUGCUGAUGAUGUGAGCAGGGAUAGUACUUUUGACUCUGAUUCUGAUGCCUUCUCCUCCCCAUUCUGCCUCUCUCCCAUCAGCGAAGCCCUUGGGGAAGGCAGCAGCUCUGUGUUUCUGGAUAAUGAAAGCAGGGAGACAUGUGACAAUCACAUGACCUGCUCGAACAGCUCCACUUCCAGCCUUGACACCAGUGCCCAAUUCCAGGAGAAUAACAGGCAAGCUCAGAACACCAGAUGGGAUGAACAGCAGAAGGUGUUUGCCCUAGAGCAGAUCUGUGGGGUCUUCAGAGUGGACCUUGGACAAAUGAGGUCCCUUCGCCUUUUCUUUAGCGAUGAGGCAUGCACCAGUGGGCAGUUGGUUGUUGCUAGCAGGGAGAGUCAAUACAAGAUCUUCCACUUUCACCAUGGUGGCCUGGAUAAACUGUCUGAGGUGUUUCAGCAAUGGAAAUACUGCACGGAGACCCAUCUCAAAGACCAGCAGCUUACUGAUGAAAAGACAUGCAUGCAGUUCUCAAUCCGCCGCCCCAAGCUGCCGUCCUCCGAGACACAUCCAGAGGAGAACACGUACAAGCGUCUUGAUGUCACUGCUUGGCUCAAUCACCUGAAUGAAUCUGGACAGGUGGAAGAGGAGUACAAGCUGCGCAAGGCCAUUUUCUUUGGCGGGAUUGAUGUGUCUAUCCGAGGUGAGGUCUGGCCCUUCAUGCUGCGGUACUACAGCCACGAGUCCACGUCGGAGGAGAGGGAGGCGCUGAGGGUGCAGAAGAGGAGGGAAUACUUUGAGAUCCAGCAGAAGAGACUUUCGAUGACUCCAGAUGAACAAAAAGAGUUUUGGCGUAAUGUACAGUUCACGGUUGACAAAGACGUGGUGAGGACUGACCGCAGCAACCAGUUCUUCCGUGGCGAGGACAACCCAAAUGUGGAAACCAUGAGGAGAAUCUUGCUGAACUAUGCAGUGUAUAACCCUACCAUUGGCUACUCCCAGGGGAUGUCCGACCUGGUUGCCCCCAUUCUGUCAGAGGUCCUGGAUGAGUCAGACACUUUCUGGUGCUUCGUGGGUUUGAUGCAGAACACUAUCUUCAUCAGUUCCCCCCGGGAUGAAGAUAUGGAGAAACAACUGAUGUACCUAAGAGAGCUGUUGCGGCUCAUGCACCUGCACUUCUAUCAGCACCUCGUCUCCCUGGGGGAGGAUGGCUUGCAGAUGCUUUUCUGUCAUCGGUGGAUCCUCCUCUGUUUUAAACGCGAGUUUCCGGAUGCUGAGGCUUUACGCAUGUGGGAAGCGUGCUGGGCUCACUACCAGACGGACUAUUUCCACCUCUUUAUCUGUGUGGCCAUCGUGGUGAUUUACGGCGAUGAUGUCAUUGAGCAGCAGCUGGCCACUGACCAGAUGCUGCUGCAUUUCGGUAACCUGGCCAUGCACAUGAAUGGGGAACUUGUACUCAGGAAGGCUAGGAGUUUGCUUUAUCAGUUUCGCCUGUUACCCCGGAUCCCAUGUAGCCUGCAUGACCUGUGUAAGCUGUGUGGGACUGGCAUGUGGGACAGUGGCUACAUCCCUGCUGUGGAGUGUUCUGGACACCACCCUGAAUCUGAGAGCUGCCCUUACGGGGGGAUGGUGGAAUUGCCUUCUCCCAAACCAGAAACUGAAGGCAAGAGGGGACUGAAAACACGGGAGGUCUUCUCUUUCCGCAAAUAGCUCCCGCUGAAGGUGGGGUGGCGGUGGGAGAAAUGGGCUUGGUUGAGUACAUUGAAAGAAAAAAUGAAGUGGAAAUUGAUCAAGACUCCUGAGAAGGCAAAUGGGAGGAGAAUGGAGAUACUUCACAACAGGAAGCAAAUUCCGUUUCAGUGAAUCCUGGAACCCGAAUGACGCUUAAACCAGGAACAGUGUCUGUGUGUCUCUUUGUUGGGUUUGGUUUUAUGUGCAGAAUGUGAAGUAUUUAUAGAUUCCCAGGGCUCUGCCCAUUGGAUCAGAAUCGCUAGCAGCCAAGAACUUACUCACUGCUAGGAAACCAGAACGUUAAAGAGAACCGAGUGCAACCAGCAACAUUUGUGGGAAGAGUAGCGAGAGCAGAGCCCUGGUGAGACCUCACUCGGACAUCCCUCCAUCCUGAACAUAUAUACUUUGCUUCAACCAAAACACACAACUCAGUGUCUUCUGUUUAAAUCCAUGAUGAUCACUUUGAAUAUAUCUGCCGAAAAAUAAAAUUGCAAACUUU